CCGCCUCUGGUGGUUAAGUUACCAACAUAGUGUGUUAUGUGGUCAACCUCCAAGUGUACCUCUUCACCAGUCUAAUAACAAUAACAAUAGGGCUAUGCUCUUGGCCUCCAAAUCAAAACAAGAAAGAACUGGAGUCAAUUGACAGAGUAAAUUAAUGUUAUUUCAGGUAAGUAUUCGUCCAUUGGCUGUCCUCAGAUUUUGAUGCAGGAUUUAACUCAAGUCUUACCAUAGAAUAAAAUACAGUAUAAUACAAUAUACCUCAAAGAUACAGUAACAUUGGAGUACAGUACAGCAUCAUGGACAAACUUAAGGACAAGGUUCUCAAGGCUGGAGGAAAACUCUCCUGGCAAUGGCUCAACAGGACCACAAAACCUGUUACUCAACACCAACAAGGCAGGAAUGGAAGGUUUAGACACCGAUAAAAUAAACGAAAUAAUCAAGAAUGCGUCUAUGGGAUCACGGUUUUAUGAGCACAAAGAAAAACGUCAACAGCAACUUGAUAUUAAGAUAUCCGAGAUGAAGCAAGAGGUUGCAGCCUUUACUGAAGACCAGAUCAAGAAAGCAACUCUUCAGAUGGAUCAAUUAGUUAAAGACCUGGAAAUGAGUCGUGACCUAAGCCAGACCAUUGUACACGUUGAUAUGGACAUGUUCUAUGCUGCUGUAGAGAUGAGAGAUGACCCCUCAUUAAGGGAUAAGCCAAUGGCAGUAGGAGGAAUGGGAAUGCUGAGCACCAGUAACUAGCCUCGUAAGUUUGGUGUGCGGGCAGCAAUGCCGGGCUUCAUUGGCAAGAAACUUUGUCCUGAUCUUGUUAUCGUUCCACCAGAUUUUACUAAGUAUAAAGAAGUGAGUAAAGAUGUUCAAGAAAUAUUUUCUCAGUAUGAUGCCAACUUCUGCCCCAUGUCCUUAGAUGAAGCAUACCUCAACAUUACUGAAUACAUGCAUAAAUAUGCUCAUCACUAUGGUUUUGACAAUUUGGAAGAUUGUGGCUAUAGAGGCUUGUCUGAGGCAAUAGUAGCAGAAAUGAGACAAAAAAUAUGUGACAAGACCCAGUUAACAGCAAGUGCAGGUAUCGCUCCCAACACUCUUCUGGCAAAGGUCUGUAGUGACAUGAAUAAACCCAACGGACAGUUUUACCUUCCGCCUGAUCGUGACCAGAUUCUCACAUUUAUAUCUACACUUCCCAUACGCAAAGUGAGUGGUAUUGGCGAUGUGAUGGAGCAAAGCCUUCAUGCCCUGGACAUAACUGUCUGCUCACAUUUGAUGAUGAAACGUGGUCUUCUCAAACUCCUCUUCUCUGACAUCAGUUAUAACAAUUUUAUGAAUAUUGCUUUGGGUUUGGGUCACACCAGCCUGGAAUCGUGGUUGGAAAAAGAUCGCAAGUCGAUAAGCACAGAAACUACUUUCCGAGACACUGCAAAUAAAGUUUCACUUUUUAGAAUUGUCGAGGAACUGUGUAAUCAGUUGGCAGAUGAUAUGAAACAAAAGGAAAUUUUAGGAAAAGCUUUUACCCUGAAGUUGAAAACGUCUGAUUUCCAGAUCAAGACUCGAACGCAGACUUUGCCAGAUCAUACUUGUGCAUCUGAUGUUAGUCUUUGAUGGAGACUGUUGCAGCAUGAAAUGAAUGCCUCAGCACAGCCUCUGUCUCUGCGUUUACUGGGUGUACGUUUGUCUGGUCUCAUGAGUUCGUCUGAAGUUGGCCCCAAACGUCAAAUUACUCUCACGCAAAUGUUCUCCCAAUCUUUGAAACCUAAAACCAGUUCAUUUACUGCAAAUGAAAUGAAGAAGAAAAUGGUUGGUGACACCUCCACUCACACUAGAGAAAUUCAAUUGAAUAUGAAAGAUACACAUCAGCCUGAUAUUACUGCUAGUGGCAGUACUAUAACAUCAUCAACUGUACAAAGUACAACUAGCAUAAUGUCAAAUUCAAAGAAAACUGUGAAUGCUACUAAAAAGAGCAGCGUAUCAAUUGAAAACUUUCUUUCAAAAUCUCUGGUAAGUUUAGACACCACAAAAUCAGAAUAUCAUGAAUGCCCAGUGUGUGGGAAUCAAAUAAAAGUUUCUGAUUUUACAUAUUUUCUUGUUCAUGUUGACAGGUGUCACGAGGCAAAUGUUGAUGAGCCCAGUGCACCAACAGUACCACUUGAUGCUAAAAGAGAUAAUGAUAUACAAAUUUUAAGAAUAAUAUCCACAUCUAAAGAAGAAAGAGAUGUUGAAAAAGUAGGAACUGUAAGUGGAGAAGUACACAGCAUGCAUACUGGGCCAAAAAGCAAUGGAGGUGCCACUUAUAAUUAUGGUGAUGAUGAACAUGAGGAACACUCGGAAUUCUCACAUAUUUCAGAAGCUGUUGCACCAACCAGAGAGAUAAGUAAACUGAUGUCAGGAAACCAAGUGCAUGAAUUUGAAUGUCCUGUAUGUAACCAGAAGCAACUUAAUACGUUAAGAGCCUUUAACAAGCAUGUAGAUGAUUGCCUCAGUGGUAAUACAAUCAAUGAAAUAAUGCAACAGGACUCAACAGUGUCAGGACCAUCCAGUAGUACCCAGUCUACUUCAAGAUCUGGUUUUGUCCAACCAAACAUAGCUACAGAAGGUAGGAAACGUAAAGGAAACAUUUCAGAAGCUGGAGAGAAGAAGAUGAAAUUAGAAAGUAAUGCCUUUCAUAAAUACUUCUCUUCCUAAUAAUUACCUGAAUAUUAAUAGGAUCUCUGUUGAUUGGAGAGCUGUGAUUGAUACACUCGUGUAAUAAAAAUAAUAAUAAAUCAGUAAAAUUGUCUUACAGCUUUACAGUUGGAUAGACAUGUAUAUCAACUAUGCAAGUAUAAAGUUCAGUAUAAAUAUAAACAGUUUACAUAGAUGAGUAUAUGGUGUACAGUCACCAUAAAACUCAUCGCCUCUCCCCCUGAACCACCAACUCCGAGAUUCAGACUCAUGAAUCAGAAGCAUUUAUGGACAGACUCAUCCAUUAUUGUCUACUGCUUCAGUUUAGGAGGAGAGGAAACAGGACUCUUGUGAGUGACUGUACACAUAUACCUACAUUGUCUAUAUUCAUGCUAAACUGUAUACAGUAGUACAGUACAGUACAACAGUGGUAAACAGUAAGGUAAUUUGACCAAAGAUAGCUGACUAACCUGUCAGCUGCUUAUUUCUAGAAGGAACUUAAAGAACAUUUAUUUUCUAAUUAUUAUUCUCUUUUAUAUGUUUACUAUAUAGAAUAAAUAUGAUUGUAUUAUGAAGUGACAUAAUUGUUCAUCAAUGUUUUAAAUAUUUUGUACUACAGGUAUAUAUAAUAUAUAUUAUAA